UCAGUAAACUUGGCCCUGAGAACCUGGUGACGCGGCUGACAGAAAGUGACGGCAAUCUGGGAGUUUUCACGUAUAGAUAUUAGUUUGGAAAACAGAAACCUUUACUUCAAUUAUUUGCUAAAUCAUGCAGGAAAAUCAGGAAUAAUCCGUGCGUAAUCUAACGAUACGAUCAUUGCAGUGUUUGAGAAGAAACACUCGAGGCGAAAGAAACAUAAUCAGAGCAACAAACGCGACUUGAAAAAGCUGCGCAAUGACAACUUAAGAGAAGGUUUUAUUUACAUAAGAGUAAUAGUAUAAUAGUCGAACUCUAUAAGAAUAUAGACACGUGCUUUUGAUUGACUUGGAGUUUGAGCAGAAGCAGGAACAAGCUGAAAGAUGCCUGGAGCCGAGGUUGUGGCGCUGCUUGUAGUCGUGGUGAGCUGUGCGGCGCGCGGAGGAAAAGGGAACCGGAGACUGUGUGCGGAUCUUCCCGAGGAGAUUCUGGAGCAGAGGUUCGGGCGCCUCUCCGUCGGAGUCCUCAGCGCUUUCCAUCACACACUCCAACUCACAACAGAGCCUCAGAACCUGAGUUGCCCGUCAUCAGGUCUCAUGCAGAGCUUCAAGAGGUCAGGCAUGCCGGUGAAUCUGUUAAGUCUUUCACCUUGGGCGUACAGAUUGAGACACGAACCAUCGCGUUAUCCCCGCUAUAUCCCUGAAGCGUAUUGCUUAUGUAAGGGCUGUCUGACGGGGCCGAGCGGUGAGGAGAGUGAAGACUACCGCAGUGUCCCGGUGUUUGUGCCCACAGCUGUGCUGCGCCGCUCGGGCUCGUGUGUCGGAGGCCGCCGCUCCUACACUGAGAGCUACGAGUCCAUAGCGGUGGGCUGCACAUGCGUACCUGCGCUACGGGCGCACAAGAGCGCACACAGGAACAACCAAAGCACACGGACAGUUAUGCAAAAGUCCAACACAAGAAGAAAAGCCGGAGGUGACGGCGGCAAGAAAAAACUCCCUGAGAGGACAUGAAGGAAGAAACCUUGAG